AUGGCGGCGUCACGGAAAGAAAGCGCGCGCAAGCGACCAGGCAGGUUACUCAGCGAUGAGGAGAUUCAAGAGCUACUCUUUCAGAGCGACAUUGACUUGUCUGAUGAAGACGACAUUCUGGCUGAGCCACGCAGCAGCAGUGAAUGCUCAGGUAGCAGCAGUGACGAUGAUGAUGAAGUUGAAGAUGACACGCCAGCUAGCCACAAAGUUCAAGGUCGUGGCCCCAUUUGGAAAGCGACAGACGGACGUUGUCCUGCCCGACAAUACGUGCCCAGUAAACCAAAUCCCGUCGGCCUUAAGAACUUUGUUUUGUCGAGUUCUGAUGGACUUGUGUUAGAUUUCGUCAUCUACACAGGUAAAGGAACUGUUCCUGAAGCCGAUACGAAAGAACUUGGUCUUGGCGGGGCAAUAGUGAAGCGUCUUCUGCAUACAGUGCCGGAAGAACAACCAGUUCAUGUGUUCACGGACCGCUUUUUUACAGGUUUGAAUCUCGCCGAAUACCUUCUCCGAAGGAAUGCACAUGUUACCGGUACAAUUAUGGCAAACAGAACUGGAGGUGCGGCAUCAAAGCUUCCAAACGAAAAGAGCAUGAAACGAGGCAAAUCAUGCUGCGUUGUCCGCAGUGAGGGAGAAAUGUGUCUCACGAAGUGGAAGGAUCGAAAAUCAGUCAUGAUUCUUUCGACUGCCUGCGGCAUCACUCCAGAAGGCACUUGCAGAAGAUGGUCGAAGGAAGAGAGGAAGAAAGUAGAUGUGCCGCAGCCGCACUGCAUCAAAACAUACAACAAAAACAUGGGCGGUGUUGAUCUUGCGGACAGAUACGUGUCCUAUUACAGGACAAAAAUACGUACGAAGAAGUGGACCAUUAGGGUAUUUGCCCACUUUCUAGACCCAGCGGUCGCAAAUGCCUGGAUUGAAUACAGGAACGACUGCAAACUCAUGGAUGUUGCAGCAAAAGAUAUUCUCGAUCAAUUCGAGUUUAAGAACCGAGUUGCGGAAACGCUAAUUCGCGCCCACGUCGACGAAAUGCAAGAAGCCGUAAACGAAGUAGAGCAAGAUCUUGAAAUUGGCGAGACUGCUGCACUCGCUAAACGGACCAAGGUGACUUCCAUGCCGCCAACCCCCGACGCGUACUUCGGAAGCCCACUGGCCACCCUCAAAGAGGCCCAGCGAGGUCUAAUAGCAAGUGGGCCCUCUGAUCAGGGGCUCCACGCGCAGUAG